UUCUCUCUCUCUCUCUCUCUCUCUCUCUCUCCACUACGACUGUGUUUUUUCUCCCUGCUAAAACCCGAAAUCUGUAGCGAUUUCGCCCGCCAUACGCCUCCGAGACCUUUGAAUUCGAGCUCAGCGAUGCGCGAUCUCUCCGUUGACUCCGAUUUCACCCCGUGAGACCUCCGAAUUCGGAGCAGAGUCGGGUUACAGCUCGCGAAGGAGAAAUGCUGGAAGCAGUGCAGAGUUCAGUGAACGGAGGACUGUCUCAAUUGCAGAGCUGUGGCGGGGGCGGCGACAGCAGCGAGGAGGAGCUCUCCGUGCUGCCGCGUCACACCAAGGUCGUCGUCACCGGGAACAACCGCACCAAGUCGGUGCUAGUCGGCCUCCAGGGCGUCGUCAAGAAGGCCGUCGGCCUCGGGGGGUGGCAUUGGCUGGUUCUGACCAAUGGAAUCGAAGUUAAGCUUCAAAGAAAUGCACUUAGCGUGAUUGAAGCUCCAACUGGAAAUGAGGAAGAUGAUGACCUUGAUUUUGAGAAUGGGCAAUGCAAUGGAUCAGAUAUGGCUUCAGAUGACACUCAGAAGUCACACAAAUCGAGGCAUCGAGUGCAUAAAUCAUCUGGGUCCUCCCACAAGACUAUGAGCCGGUCCCUCUCUUGUGAUUCACACUCUAAAGGAUCUAUCUCUUUUCCCCGUGGGUCCACAAAGGUUGACCUUAGCAAAUUGGAGACAGCUGCUUUGUGGAGAUAUUUACGGCAUUUUAAUCUUGUGGACGCCAUCCCCAACCCAUCGAAAGAGCAACUAAUCAAUGUUGUUCAGAGGCAUUUCAUGUCGCAGCAAAUGGACGAGCUGCAGGUUAUUGUGGGGUUUGUUCAUGCUGCGAAGAGGAUGAAAACUGCUGGAAAAUUAACCCGAGAGAAAUGACCGCUUUUGCCGGUGUUGAUGCUAACCGAUCAACUGAUACUGCUACUGGAGUCCUCUUCCCCGUACUUGUAACAUAUGUGUCCAUGUGCUGUCUAUCCUUCUAAUCUCGAUUACUAGUUUAGGGUUGGUCUCUGACUUGUAGAGUUUCUUUAACAUUUUCAGGUAGCGUUAAAACUUGUAGAUAUGAUGUGAGACUCUUGACAUGAUACUCAAGAACCAGGAAUCCCAUGUGGAUGACUUUAAAUCAAUUCCUGACUCAGGGAAAGAGGGUUUCUACAAUAUAUGUACAUAUGCUCCAUUUAAUCCAA